UAAUUUACAAAUUUAACCUUUUUUAUAUUACUCAUAUGAAGAUUGCCAUGAAACUCCCUUUAAGUGCUCAACGACACAGCCUCUCUCACUUUCCUUUUCCUUCUUCCUCUUUCCUGCCCUUUCUCUCUUUUCCACGUAGACCUCUCUCUCCUCCCUCACGGACUCUCUCCCGCUCUCACUGCAGUGCCAUAGCGGUGGAUACCGCCAUGACAGCCGACAUAGCCUCCUCUUCGUCAUCCUCCAAGUCAAAACUUUGGAAUUACGACGUGUUCUUGAGCUUCAGAGGCGAAGACACGCGCAAGGGCUUCACAAGCCACCUCCACGCGGCAUUGAAAGACGAGGGGUACCAGGCUUAUAUGGAUGAUGACGAUCUAAAAAGAGGGGAAGAAAUAAAAGAGGAAUUGUUCCGGGCAAUCGAAGAGUCGAGGAUCUCCAUCAUUGUGUUCUCAAAGAGGUAUGCGGAUUCAAGUUGGUGUCUUGACGAGCUGGUGAAGAUCAUGGAGUGCAGGUACAAACUGGGGCGACAUGUUUUGCCAAUAUUCUAUCAUGUUGAUCCUUCACAAGUCAGGAAGCAGAACGGAGUUUUCGCCCAAGCAUUUCAAAACCACAAAAUGGACAUCCGCAAAGAAAAAGAUGACAAGGAACGCGAAGCCAAGAAAGAAAGGGUAAAGCAGUGGAGAAAGGCUCUUACAGAAGCUGCAAAUUUGUCUGGCCACCAUCUUCAAAUCACUAAUAAUGGGCGUGAAGAGGAGUUCAUUAGAAAAAUUGUUGACGAGAAUAUUCUGGAAUGGCUUACCAGCACAAACAAAUUACAUGUGGCCAAGCACCAAGUUGGAAUCGAUUCUCGCAUUCAAGAUGUUAUCACUUAUCUUUUAAGUGGUGGAUCAAAUGAUGUUGUCAUGGUUGGAAUUUGGGGGAUGGGUGGAUUGGGUAAAACAACAGUUGCCAAAGCCAUUUUUAACCAAAUUCAUCCUAUGUUCCAAUUCAAGAGUUUCCUUGCCGACGUUAGCAACACUGCAAUUAAACAGGGUCUGGUUUAUUUGCAAGAAACACUAGUUUCUGACAUCUUGAAACAGACCAAGUCUCAAAUGAUUCGUAGUGUUGAUAGUGGUAUCAGUCUGAUUAAACAACGAUUUCGACAUAGAAGGGUACUUGUCAUCAUAGACAACAUAGAUGAAGUGGAACAAUUGGAUGCAAUAGCUGGAAAUCACAAUUGGUUUGGUCCAGGAAGUAGAAUUAUCAUAACGACACGAGAUAAACAUUUACUAAAACAAGUGGACAAAGUAUAUCCGGCUCAAAAAUUGAAUGAAGGAGAAGCUCAUGAGCUCUUUAGUUGGCAUGCAUUUGGAAACAGUUGGCCUAAAGAAGGAUAUCUAGAACUCUCAAAAAAGUUUGUAUCUUACUGUGGAGGUUUGCCACUAGCCCUUAAAGUUUUAGGUUCAUAUUUGUUUAAAAGAACCAUAGCAGAAUGGAAAAGUCAAUUGGAGAAAUUGGAGAGAACUCCUGAAGGAAAAAUAAUGAAACCGUUACGAAUAAGUUUUGAAGGGCUAGAUGAUACACAGAAGGCUAUAUUCCUUGACAUAUCUUGUUUCUUUAUUGGAAAGAACAAGGACUAUGUCGCAGAAGUAUUAGAUGGAUGUGAGUAUUUUGCAAUAAUAGGGAUCAGUAUCCUCCUUGACCGAUGCCUUGUAACUAUUGAACGCAACAUGUUGAAUAUGCAUGAUUUGCUUCGAGAAAUGGCUAGAGUAAUCAUUUCUGAAAAAUCUCCUGGUCACCCUGGAAAUUGGAGUAGAUUGUGGAAUCGUCGAGAGGUCAUCGAUGUAUUGAGAAAUAAAUCUGGAACUGAAGAAGUUGAAGGCCUUGCUCUAACAGAAUCUAUUUGUCUCAGUACAGUAGCAUUUGCUAACAUGAAGAAACUAAAAUUUCUUAAGCUCAGCUACGUAAAGCUCAUGGGAGAAUACAAACAUCUUCCCAAAGAGUUAAUAUGGUUGUGCUGGCGUGGAUUCUCUUUAAAGUCUAUACCGGAUGACUUUUUUGAUCAACCAAGACUAGUUGUUUUAGACAUGCAAUCAAGCAAACUGGUAAAAGUUUGGGAGGGUUCCAAGUCGCUCCAAAAGUUGAAAAUCAUUAAUCUCACUUAUUCCAUUUACUUAAAAAAAUUACCAGACUUUUCACAAGUCCCAAAUCUUGAAGAGUUGAUAUUGGUCCGUUGUGAGAGUUUGUCCGAGAUUCACCCCUCCAUUGGUCAUCUUAAAAGACUUUCUUUGGUAGAUCUUACAUGUUGCAGAAUGCUUACUUCUCUUCCAAGGGAAUUCUAUAAGUCGAAAUCUGUUGAGACUCUUCUUCUUGGAUAUUGUUCAAAUUUCAGAGAACUACAUGAGGAUUUAGGGGAGAUGUUUUCAUUGAGAAUACUUGAAGCAGUGCAUACAACCAUAAGACAAGUACCACCUUCCAUACUAAGAUUGAAGAAUCUCACUCAUUUAUCCCUACAACGUGUGAAAUUAGCUGAUGAUGAAAUCCCUAAGGAUCUUGGGAGUUUAAUUUCUUUACAAUAUUUGGAUCUUGGAGAGAAUUAUUUUCAUACCUUACCCAGUCUCAGAGGUCUUUCAAAGCUUGAAACAUUGAGUUUAACUGGAUGCACAAAUCUUCAUACAAUAUCUGACUUACCAACAAGUUUGAAAUUUCUGUGUGCGUUUAAUUGCCCUGCAUUGGAAACAAUGCCCAACUUUUCGGAAAUGUCAAAUAUGAGAAAACUGGAAGUAAGUGAUUCACCCAACAAUCUCACAACUGAUUUUAGGAAGAACAUCCUGCAGGGAUGGACUUCUUGCGGAUUUGGUGGCAUUUUCCUCCAUGGGAAUUAUGUUCCUGAUUGGUUUGAGUUUGUCAAUGAGGGCACUAAAGUCAGUUUUGAUAUUCCCCCGAGUGGUGAUCGUAGUUUUGAAGGGCUAAGUCUGUUCUGUUUGUACCACUCAUAUGAAAGAAGUCUUUUACCUCCUCCUCUUGCCAUUACUGUUAUAAAUAAUACCAAGUGUACUGAAUUACGGGCCAACAUAGUCAGAGAAGAACGAAAUAGAAUAUACUACAAACCUGAAUCCUAUCAUAUCUGGCAGGGUCAAUUAUCGAAAGAUAAGGUCAAUUUGCAAGACGGGGAUAAAGUUAAUAUAAUUUUUGAAGACUCCUUUGCAAGUUCGCAUCCUGAUUAUUAUAUGACAAUGAAGAGAACAGGGGUUAAUCUAGUAUGGGACAAACCUAUGAAGGAAAAUAUGCAUAAUUUGGACAAAGCUGGUUAUGUUUUUGACUCGCAUCCAGCUCGGUUCUAUGAUGAGGGAGGACCAAGCCAUGACACAUUUGAUAAUAAUCAUCAUCCCAGUAAUCAAAUGAGAAAUACUACAGAUGACAGAAAUGGGAAAAGGCAGAAUUUUUGA